CAAACUCUCAUACAACAAAUCCACUCCAGAUUCUCAAGUGACCUCUCUCAACCACUUGAUUUUAUUGCAUUCCUGCAACUUCUCUCCAUCCACAUAUCAACAUGCCUAAGGAGAAGGUAACCCGUGGUAAGGGCCGUGCCACCAAGGCCGACGGCGGCAAGAAGAAGAAGGACCCCAACGCCCCCAAGCGUGGUUUGUCCGCCUACAUGUUCUUCGCCAACGAGCAGCGCGACAAGGUCCGUGAGGACAACCCCGGCAUCAAGUUCGGCGAGGUCGGCAAGAUGCUCGGUGAGAAGUGGAAGGCUCUCAAUGAGAAGCAGCGCACUCCUUACGAGGCCAAGGCUGCCGCUGAUAAGAAGCGGUACGAGGAAGAGAAGGCCGCUUACCAGGCUGGCGAGGAAGAGGAGGAGGAGUCCGAGUAGUCGUCUUCAACUCGGUCAUCUCCCAGGCUUCGGCAGUCACCAGACUAUCGGCGCAUGGGAUUCUCUAUGUCACCUUUGAUUUUUCUUAAUGGGAACUCUUUACGGCGAGCGGGCUGAAGCGAAAAUCUGUAAUGUUCACUAUUUGCGGAUGGUCGGCUACACUCUAGCCCAUGCGCAGAUUCUAACAACGGCGGACAUGGCUUUGACAGUUCAUGAUGUUUUGGCGUCCUUGCUCUGACGCGGGAAGACAUCACGAAGCUCAUGAUCCCAAGUCUAUGUACACUAUCUACUGCGGUAUGAAAAUGCUUUGCAACGA